AUGGCGCCAACACACCCCAGCCGGCAGCAGCCUGGCAAGACCGCCUCAGACUCAAGAAGAAAAGAUUCAUCAAGAGAGAAGCUACCCCGUCUGCCUGAAGGCACCAGGAUCCAAAAGCGCGCCCUAGCCCGAUCACAGCAGCCCAUCUCCUCCAAGUCAAAACUGAUAUACGUGUCCUCGUCGACGCCCUUCAUGGCCGCCGUCUCGCGCGUGCGCAAACAGCUCGACAGAUCCAUCAAGGGCAACGUGCCGUCCACGAAGGGCAUGUCGUUACCGCAGCGCGUGGACCUGCUGCACCGCGACGGGGGCACCAAGACCGAGGGCGAGGCGGUGGUGCUGGGCACCGGGAAGGCGAUUGAGAAGGUGCUUAGUGUCGCGGCGUGGUUUACGGAGCAGAGGGACUGUGAGGUCGAGGUCAGGACGAGGACGGUGGGGACUGUUGAUGAUGUUGUUGUGGAGGAUGAUGAUGCGGGAUUUGGGGGCGAUGAGGUUAGAGGGAGGAAGCCUUACUACACCGAGCGACUUAAUUCGUCAAAGACGGAGAUCCGCCUGCUUGAAAUCGUCUCAGCAGAUGACGAUCCGGGUCCCAUUCGGUGCCGCCUACGAACGGUCAAGCUCAACGACCGUCCGGUGUUUUUCGCCCUUUCCUACCUCUGGGGUGACGCCGCCCAAACAACGCCCAUACAAAUCUUGAUCAAGGAGUGCUCGGAGAAGAAGGCCCCAAUCAAGAGGAAAUGUUUGCACCGUUUGACGCAACUCUCAACCUCGAAGCCGCCUUACGUCAUCCUCAACUUCCUUCUCUGGGUGGACGCUGUUUGCAUCGAUCAGGCCGAUCUGGAAGAGAGGUCAGAACAGCUCGGACUCAUGCAGAGAAUAUACUCAUCUGCAACCUGCGUUCUCUCUUGGCUCGGAACGCAGGACCGGGCGGUAGCCUUUAAAGCCAUCCAGGGCAUCUAUGUUGCGAGAGUGGCAGCGGGCUCCGAUGAAGAGUUCUUCAAGAUGCAGUGGAUGAAAGCUUCCCCGGUCUCUGCGGUCAUGGUCGUAAUGAGGAGCAAGACACUGCCUGGGACCAAAUCAUCCGUCUUUGCAGUGAUCGCUACUGGCAGAGAAUAUGGAUUUUCCAAGAGGUCGCCCCCGCUUUCAGGGUGCUCUUGGUGA